AUGGCUCAUCCGGGGAGAAGAGGCUACGAUAACCGGGAGAUAGUGCUGAAGUACAUCCACUAUAAACUCUCGCAGAGGGGAUACGACUGGGCUGCCGGCGAGGACAGGGCACCCCUGCCUCCAGGUCUCUCUCCUCCUGCUGCUGCUGCGGUUGCUGCUGCUGCUGGGACUUCCUCUGAUCACACUGGGCUGGUGUCUCCGCACCCCGAGCCCCCCGGCUCGGCUGCUGCUAGCCACGUGCCCCCGGCCGAGGGGCUGCACCCCGUGCCCCAGGUCGUCCACCUCGCCCUGCGCCAGGCGGGGGACGAGUUCUCCCGCCGCUACCAAAGGGACUUUGCCCAAAUGUCCGGCCAGCUGCACCUGACGCCCUUCACGGCCAGGGGCCGCUUCGUGGCGGUGGUGGAGGAGCUCUUCCGAGACGGGGUUAACUGGGGCAGGAUCGUGGCCUUCUUCGAGUUCGGCGGCGUGAUGUGCGUGGAGAGCGUCAACCGGGAGAUGUCUCCCCUCGUGGACAGCAUCGCCGCCUGGAUGACCGAGUACCUGAACCGGCACCUGCACAACUGGAUCCAGGACAACGGAGGCUGGAUGAGAGCCUGUGCAUGUCUGAGCCAAACAGGAUGCCUUCGUGGAGUUGUAUGGCAACAGUAUGAGGCCUUUGUUCGACUUCUCCUGGAUCUCUCUGAAGACUAUCCUGAGUCUGGUUCUGGUGGGAGCUUGCAUCACCCUUGGCGCUUAUCUUGGGCAUAAGUAGAGUCACCCGUUUUAUCAUGGAUUACAAAAGUCUUUCAAAGCA